AAUCACGAGUCAAUGGUAACAACGGAAAACGUGUCCAAAAUGGAGCAGAAUUUAUUCAAGACGAGCGUCAAACAGAAAAUGUCAAUUCUGAACAAGAAGCACAAAUGGAGAGGAUAACACACUUUAGACAAAUGUGCAAAUCGAUGAAACUAGAGACAAACAACAGGGGUACCAUGACGAUGCAAUUUCAUUUUUCAAAGGAAUAUAACCUUGCUUACAAACCUGUUCCUAAAAUCUGCUCAACAUUUAUGAUACAGGUAUUUAAACUUCUAUUAAAGAAGGAAACGGAAGAGGUUUUCAAAGUGCCAAGAAAGCAUGUACAUGAUGGACGGGGAAAAAAGACAAUAAGUUUAGAUGCUUUGGAUAAUCAGACUGUCCUUAUUAUGGCAAGAAAUCCUUAUUCACGCUUAUUUUCUGCAUAUAUUGACAAAGUAUACCUCUUAAAUAAUAUCCAUUUGAAUCUGGACAUUUAUUCUAAAAUUCAUAGAAUUCAAGGAAACAGUAGUGUAAAUUACAAGUGUAAAUUCAACGUAACGUUUGAUCAAUUUCUCGAAUAUGUGUUUAACGAAAGAUGGAGACAAAUAGAUAAAGGCCAUUACGCUCCAGUGCUGCCCCUUUCAAUGUGUCAAAAGAUAUGUAACCUUCGAAAUAUCAUUAUAGUCAAACAAGAAACAUUCUCUGAAGAUUUAGAACAUGCCCUUAAAUCAGUUGGGGUGAAAGGAAAAGUAUAUAACGUCAUCUAUGACGAAAUGCAUUCAAAACACGCCAAGUCAACAACUGCAGGUAUUGUAAGGACAUUAUAUGAAAAAAUGUCUGAAUUGUUAAGUAAACAUAAAUACUUAAAUUGGCAGAUUAUCGCAGAAAGACUUUGGAAUUCGUUUCAGAUACAAGGCUACAUCCACGAAAAUUCUACGUUUCCGUAUAUGAGAUAUAAUCAUACGGGAAAAUACGCAAAUUCUGAAUAUUUGAUAAAACUUAUAAUGGAAGAAAUAGAGCAAAAACCACUCAACCAUAAGGAAAAAGUGAAUCAAAGAAAUAAAGCAUUGUUGCAUGCUUACUCAGAUGUCAGAGUGAAAUAUUUACGUCAAAUACAAGAACAUUACACCAGGGACUUUGAAAUGUUUCAUUACAGUAAUGACCUUGAAAGUUUCAGCAAAAUGUGAAGCUUCCUUUCCAUAUUUUCGUAUUGUUUUUAUUGGGUUUUACU